UUGCAGGAAGUGGUGGUGUAGAUCUGAUGAGAAACAAAGCUUGUUACCCCAGUGACAAAACUGCAGUAAAGAAAAAAAGCACACACCCAAGUGUAGAGAGCAGGAAACAACAUGGAUGAACUCGAUUUGCUGUUAGAGGAGCUGGCUUUGAGUCCUACAGGUUCAAACAGUCUCCAGGAAACCACCGCUGCAACUGGUGGACAGGCUCCAGCUGCCAUUCUUGCCAGUGACAAAAAGAAAGAGAAAAACUCAGCCAGCUCUAAUGUCUACAGUGACCUACCCGCGCCUGUUGCAGCUGCUCUGCCUCCGGACUCACCAACUCUAGAACUGGAGUCUAUCUUGCAAGACCUGAUGGGUUUAGCAGAAGGGAACCACUUACCUCCAUCGGCCCCUCCACCGCUGACGCAGAAGCAGACUACAAAGAAAAAAAACGAGGAUGGGACAUCAGGACAGAAGGACAGCGACAGCAGCGGUAGCAGCGGCCCAGCAAGUUCCAACCCAAAACCCUCGAUCCAGAUGCAGAAAACAGAUUCUAUAGAUGACCUGCUUGGAGGGCUGAGCUCGGACCUGGAGAAGAUCGGUGUGCGCACCACAGCCAAAGGCCACUGUGCUGCAUGCAACAAAUGCAUUGUUGGAAAGAUGAUCACAGCUCUGGGUGAGGUGUGGCACCCUGAGCACUUUGUGUGUAUGGUGUGUAAGGAGGAGCUGAGCACAACAGGCUUCUUUGAGAGAGAGGGACGGCCGUAUUGUGACAAAGACUACCAUCAGCUCUUUUCUCCACGCUGCGCCUACUGCCAGGGGCCGAUAUUGCAGAACAUCUUGACAGCUCUGGACCAAACUUGGCACCCAGAGCACUUCUUCUGCACACACUGCGGAAACCUGUUUGGGCCAGAUGGCUUCCUGGAGAAGGAUGGAAAACCAUACUGCUGCAAGGACUUCUACCACCUUUUUGCUCCCAAAUGUUCAGGCUGUGGGGAGUCCGUUAGAGAGAACUACCUGACUGCAGCCAAUGGCACCUGGCAUCCAGAGUGCUUCGUCUGCGCAGACUGUCUGAAGCCGUUUAGCGAUGGCUGUUUCAUGGAACUGGAUGGUCGGCCCCUCUGUUCCACCCACUUUCACGCCAGGCAGGGCACCCUGUGCGGGGGUUGUGGGAAGCCCAUCACUGGCCGCUGCGUUUCAGCUCUCGAUCGCAAGUUUCAUCCUGAGCACUUUGUUUGCGCCUUUUGUCUGCGGCAACUCAGCCACGGGAUCUUCAAGGAGCAGAAUGGAAAGCCCUACUGUUCAGCUUGCUUCAACAAGCUCUUUCUAUGAGACAUUUACAGCAAGUCACUCAAAGAUGAAGACAUAAUGUCUAAUGUUGGAAGAGGAUGGCUAUUUUCCCACAUCAGUGAGCUGAAUUAUCUAUUAUUAAUAAUAUUGCAUUCCAAGGUUGUAUCUCUGUUUACUGAAUGAGGUAAUAAGAUUCCAUGCUCUUUAUCCUAAUACCACUAAAUAAAAUGUAGGACACAUAUGCCAAGCAAACACGGUGCACAUGUAUGUUUUGACCUUAAUACAAAUACAGCUGCUCUGUAAAAGUCUCAAAGAUUCUUUUAGAGAACAUGAGAGAAGGAACAAAGCGGAAAAUCAGGGAUAAAGUUGGGGAGAAUUUUAAAGAAUGGUCAGGUUAUAAAUAUGAUAUCUUUAACUUUGAACAUUUAUGGCCCAACUGUGAAUCCACUAAGAUAUGACAAUCUGCCUAAAUUGGCAAGGAGAGCAUUAACUCUUAAUUAAAAGAAUUAACAAGAGACUCAUUACAACUCUGGAAGAGGUGUUCAGUGGAUGAGGGCUGUACAUUGGCACAGUUUGUAGCACUAUUACCUCACAGCAAGAACAUCUUAAAUAUGGCUGGGGGUCUUGGCACAUGGAGUUUCCAUGUUUUUGUCUUGCAUGCAUUGGUUUUCUCCAGGUACUCUGCAGAAUUAAUCCUAGUCCCGAUUCAUGACUGUUAGGUAAAUUGAUCUCUGUAAAUUGUCUGUAGGUACGACUGUGUAUGGAUAUUUGUCCUCUGCGUCUUUAUGUUGAUCUGUGAUGGCCUAGCAACCUGUCCAGGGUUACUCCAUGAUCUGUGGAGAUAGGCACCACAGAUCACCUCAAUCCCUUUGACCCUGCAAAGGGAUUGAGGGCCUGAAUUGAACAGACAAUUCAGUCGUGGUCUGGUUUAUUUAAAAGAAAUGCAUGCUGCUCUUCUCUUGUUUCUAUUUGUAAUCAACUACUUAUCAACCUCUUUCCACAUCCCAAUUGUGUUUCACUUUGUGUUGCUUGAUCACAUAAAAUUGCACUACAAUACAUGGAUUUAUGGCCCAACAUGACAGAAUGUUAAAAAAGUCUAAGGUAUAUAAACAAUUCAUCAAAACACUGUAAAAUGAAUAGGGAUUAAUCAUACAAAGGGAUAAGUUAUGCACAGCCUCAUUGAGAAAUCAUGUACAACUAUCAGUAAGUAAUUAUUACUGACAUUAUUUUCAUAACUCCAUCAAAAUAUUUCCUAUGAAGAAAACAUUACCAUGUGUGAACUUUGGAUGCCUCUACAAGGUGUGCUGUUGAUGCUUGGUUUUACUUUUGAGGAGACUUCAUACAUCACAAUCACAAAUCAAAUUCCAGAUGAACUAUGAUAAACACAAAAGCGCCGAAUUAAUGGAUUCCAUAAACUGUCCUCAGUUCGCUGUUAGACUUGGCAGUCAGGAUUUACUUUCUCACAGUUUGAGAGAGCUUGUCAGGAGAUUUGUCUAUAUGGCCCGAUAGCUUGUCUUGGCAGAGAGUGGCAUGGACUCGUCAUGCCAACCUGUGAUUCCUCUGUCUCAGAUUGACCACUUGGCCCCUGGCAGCCACUGGAAUCACACAUCCUCUUCAUCCUCCACACAGGCUCCUUUAUGACUGCAUCGCGAAGAUUAAUGAAUGUGGUGAGGUUAACAAAGGUAGUUUUUAGAAGGAGCUCCUUCACAUCCCUGCAUCUCCUCAGAAACUGUUGAAGGAUGAAUGAACCACAAAAGUGUUUUAAUGCCUCAGCGGUUGCUGGCAGAUUUAAGCUCGUUCUGUCAUCGGAUGAGUUAUAUUUCGUUUCCUAUAGACUAAUUGUGGAAAUUGCACAUUAAUAUGAGGUAUUUGUUGGAUUGCUACACAAAUAGCAGAAAGAUUUCGCAAUUUUUGCAGAAUUUAAAUACAAAUGGAAUAUUGUGUUUUACAUCUACUUGAAUGAAAAACAUUCAGUUUUGGGCACUGUUACCAGGAGGCUACCAAACAACAACAAAAAAAGCAUAAAAUUCCAAAAUUUUGUUAUUUCCGUGUAUUUGCUAUUUCCCCAAGCUGGCCAUGAAAUUGCUGUUUAACAGGAAAGAGCAGAAACCAAUAUUCUUUUUUCUGAUCACUCCAUACUAUCAUAUAAUUUACAUGUGUACAGUCUUUAAAUAAAAAAAAACAACCAAACAUUUGAGUAAUUUCUAAAGGAUAUGUCAAUAUCUCUUUUUUAUUUCUCAUUUUUAUUUUGGUUAUUUUUCAUUUUUAAGUUAGUGCUCCUUGGAGAAAGCUGCUGCUUUCAACACAGCUAGCUCUUUCUUUUCAAUACUAACUAAUCUAGCUAUUUUUCAAUCAUUUUCAAAACAAUACAAAAAUUAUAAUUUUUGCUACUUAGUGCUGGCUGUCAUACACUUGGCAAUAAUUUUGACAAUUUUUGCAAAAAUAUUAUAUUCAGUAUACAUUACCAAAUUCCUAACAACUGUCAAGUCAAAACAGAUUCAGUGCAUUUAUAACAAUAUGGGAUCCAAGUUAGUUUAUAUUUGGCUUAAAUAAAUUAGUUAUAUAGUCAUAUAGUCACAUUCAGGUUCAAAUGCAUACAGUCCAUUUCAAUCAUUUUAAUGAUACGAGCAAAAUGUUGUAAGGAACCACAGCUGACUGAGCAUGUCUAUUCCACAAUUAUUAUUGUAAUAAUGAGCUAAAAGUAAAAUUCCAAAACAUAAAUGGCUCCCUAAAUUAAGUAGGAAGCACAUCAUAGAAAAAAAGUACAAGUACACUCGGAAUAGAUAUUAAUAUAAGUAAACUAAGCUUUUGUAAAAAUAAACCAAAUCUGGGUAAAAAUAAACCAAAUCUGGGUAAAAAUAAACCAAAUCUAAGUUUUAUCUGUAGUCACAUUAUUGAUAUAUUUCAUUCUGCUAUUGGAAGCAAUGAGAGCUUUAUAGUUUUCCCAGUGAGCAGUUUAUUUAAGUUUUUCUCAAGCAUGUCACAUGAGCUGGGUGUGUGCGUGUGUGUGUGAAGUCAGUGUUUGAAUGGGAACGACGUUGAGCAUUAAUCAUGCUGUCAUCGCUGUCAGGUCCCGCCUUGUAAGGCUGCUGCAGACUUUGCACCGUGCAUCAUGGAAGAGGUAUGGAUGUAUCACAUUUAGGCAGAUCUAAACAUUCUAGAUUGUAAGUGUUUCAUGAGCUAACAGACUAAUGCCUCUGUUUCAAAUGAACUCAUGUUUUCAUUUUGUGAUUAAAUGAUUUAGAUACUGUAUGAAGCAAAGGAGAAAACAUGUUUUUCAACGUGAGUAGUUAAUGCAGCUAUGCCAGCUUGGAGCUGAUCACACCGUUUAACACAACGGCAAAGUGUUAUAUUGCUUUAUCCCUAUUCUUUCACUAGUUUUCUGUCUGGGAGAUUUCCUGAUGCAUCGGAACAUUAUUCUAAGUUAAUGUACAU